UUAGGGAUACCAAACUCCUGUAAAGAACAGAGUACAUCCCAACGCAGAGAACAGCUGCAAGUUGCUGCAUCUUCAAGGAACUGGCUAGACAGGGGUCAAGACUCUGGUCUGCUCCAAUACGACAGUUCAAGGAGAUAUACUGGAUAACUAUGUGAGGACCGAUGGUGCUUGGAUACUUGGUCAGAAAAAACAGUUCUACAGUACUCUCAGUAGAGAAGAAUGUGCUGAGAAAUGUGAAGCUGAACAAACAUUUCUCUGCAGACCAACAAUGUAUUACAUUAGCUGACAACAGCAAAACAACAGUGAUGUUCAGAAGGUCAGAUGUAGUUCUCUUUGAAAAAAGAAUUUACCUUCUUGAAUGCCGGUCUGGAAAUGGACAGGACUACAGAGGAACUGUAUCUAAGACUCAAAGCAAUAUACCAUGCCAAAAAUGGGCAGCGAGGAGCCCUCACGUACCCAAUUAUUCACCUGAUACUUAUCCUGACGCUGGAUUAGAAGAAAACUACUGCAGAAAUCCUGAUAAUGAUGAGAAAGGUCCCUGGUGCUACACAACAGACCGUGGAACCAGAUAUGAUUAUUGUAACAUCACAGAAUGUGAAGACCUGUGUAUGCACUGCAGUGGGGAAAACUAUCGAGGCAAAGUCUCCCAAACAGAAUCUGGAAUUGAAUGCCAGGCCUGGGAUUCUCAAGAACCUCACAGUCAUGGAUAUUACCCUUCAAAUUUUCCAGAAAAGAAUCUGAGGAAGAAUUAUUGCCGUAAUCCUGAUGGGGAGCCUCGUCCUUGGUGUUUCACCACCAGUGUGACUAAACGCUGGGAAUUUUGUAAUAUUCCACGUUGCGCUACGCCCCCACCAACAUCUGGCCCUGGGCGUCAUUGCCUUGUGAAAAAUGGGGAGGACUACCGAGGCACAGUAUCUGUCACAGUAUCAGGAACUGCAUGCCAACCCUGGAGUGCCCAGGAACCCCACAAACAUAGUAGGACUCCUGAGAACUAUCCUUGCAAAGCUUUAGAUGAAAAUUAUUGUAGAAACCCUGACGGAGAGACCUCACCUUGGUGCUACACCGCAAACCCCAACAAACGAUGGGAAUACUGCAAUAUUCCUAAUUGUCAUAGCACAGCAGCAGCUACUGAAAUAGUUCCUGUUGUUCUUCCUGAGCAAUCUGCAGCCAUUGAAGACUGCUAUGAAGGCAAUGGUGAACAUUACCGGGGCACAAUGUCAUCAACCAUCACAGGAAAGAAGUGUCAGGCAUGGAGCUCUAUGAGGCCUCAUCGUCACACUAAAACCCCAUUGGAAUUCCCACAAGCAGACCUGAGGAAGAACUACUGCAGAAAUCCAGACGGUGAUAAAGCCCCCUGGUGUUACACUACUGAUCCUAGUACCAGAUGGGAGUUCUGUAACCUACAGAAAUGUACCAAUCAAAGGCAGCAACUUCAGACGACAAUGACACCAAACCUUGGUAUGACUUCUACCCCAAAUGCAGACUGCAGGUCUGGUAAUGGUAAAGACUACCGUGGAAAGACUGCACAAACAGCAAAUGGCAAAACUUGUCAAGAAUGGAGUUCACAGUCACCUCAUAAGCAUGAUUUUUUCACACCACGAACUCACCCAAAUUCAGGUCUGGAAAGAAAUUAUUGCAGAAAUCCAGAUGGUGAUAUUAACGGACCUUGGUGCUAUACCACAGACCCCCAAAAAAGUUGGGACUACUGUGACAUCCCAAAUUGCCCUCCUCCUGAAUACGAAUGUGGGAAAGCCAAAUAUGAACCAAAUCGGUGUUUCGGAAGGAUUGUUGGUGGGUGUAUUUCAAAACCCCAUUCUUGGCCAUGGCAGAUCAGUGUCCGAACAAGUUUCAAUAUGCACUUCUGUGGAGGCACUUUGAUAGAUCCACAGUGGGUUCUGACUGCCACUCACUGCUUAGAACGGUCAUCAAGACCUUCUGCUUACAAAGUGGCACUUGGUUUACACAGGGAGAGGGCUAUGGAGCCAUCAGUACAAGUCCGUAAUGUUGAAAAGAUGUUCAAGGAACCAAGUGGCGCAGAUAUUGCCUUGCUGAAACUGAGCAGCCCUGUUCCGAUCACCAAUGAGAUAAUUCCCGCAUGUUUGCCUUCAGCCAAUACUGUGGUAGCAGACAGAGCAGAAUGCUUUGUCACAGGAUGGGGUGAAACAAAAGGAACUGGCGGAGAAGGCACUCUGAAGGAGACUGGCUUCCCUGUAAUUGAAAACAAACAGUGUAAUCGGCCUGAAUUUCUGAAUGGCAGAGUCAGAAGCACUGAACUCUGUGCUGGUAAUAUUGACGGUGGUACGGAUAGUUGUCAGGGUGACAGUGGAGGGCCUCUAGUCUGUGAAGAGCAGGGAAAAUAUGUCCUGCAGGGAGUCACCUCCUGGGGUCUUGGCUGUGCCCAGCCUAUGAAGCCUGGCGUUUAUGUUCGAGUAUCUAAGUUUGUUCCAUGGAUUGAAAGAAUAAAGAGUGAAAACCCAUGACUUCCUGUUGAAAGUAGCAUGUACAAAAAGAAUGAUUCUGGUUGCAAUGUUAUAAAAAAUUACAUGAAAGGAAAAUAAAUAUGUAAAUCCUGUGAGCUACACAACCAGAUAGCCUUGUUUUUGGUGCCUUCUUUCAACAUGUUCUGUGUUCUUCAAAACAUACACAGCUCAUCAGCAAGACACUUGAGCAUGUUGAGUGAUAUACUGUUUUGUUUUAGCUGGAACUCACACUUCACCGUUGCAGAGCAUUAGCAAAUAAAAUAAAUUGUUUUUAUUUACUGUUUUCUGAUCCACCAGACUUGUAUUCUAACUAUACGUGUGAUUUUCCUUCAUUUGUUCUGUCUUCCUGCAGGUUGAUGAGUGCCCUCAACUAGUGAGUUUCUCUUUGGGUUUCGAAUUGUAUGCUUGGUUACAUGUUUGCAUUCAGUGGGAUAAGGAAAUGUUAGUGUGAGUUGGGCUGCACACAGAUGAGCCACUUUACUAGUGUCUAUAAUCUUAGAAACUGCUGCUGUUAUCUGUGUAUCUUCUAAUCAGAUCUGCGGCCAGAAGUAUUGUGUUGAGGAAAGCUAAGGGUACUUAAGUGUCUAUGAAUUAGC